CGUACGGCUCGGAGAGGAGAUUGUGCCAUAUCCCGUAAACGCUGCUCGUUAACGCUGAUGUUUGGUGGGGGAUUAUUACAAGGAUGGCUGAGUGAGUGAAUGUGCAGCCGACACAGGUGAACAGAGAGAGGACCGGUGAAGACAAAGCGGUCACAACACAGGCCUGUUAAUCAACCACCGAGCUCCACAACCAUGGAUCUAACUUUUGUAUUAUCAGCUAUAAUUUUUACACUCCUCGCUAUUGUGGUGGCGACGUCGGUAUUUAACGGCUCCUCGCCCGCGGCCGACUUUGCAAGCGCUCGGAGUUAUUUCGGACACCGAGGUGGUGCAGCCGGGGGAUUAGCGGAGUCGGAGCCGAAGCAGAAUGGCCAUGUACCCAAGAAGAAGAAGAAGGCGGUGGACGACUGGUGCGAGAUCAGCGGGAGCUCACACGAUCACUGGGAUGUAGUGAAGUCUGUGCUUUCAGAGGAGACUCAUCCCCAACUUCACACUGAAGAACUGGCAACACCAGUUGAACACUCCUCCUCCACAUCCAGCCUGUCCAUCCCCAGGCCUGGAUCUAGGCAUAUGAGCUUAGAGGUAGACUCGUCAUGCGAGACCUCAUCAGGGAGGGGCCGUACGUCAUUCAUUGGGCUCUCUGAUAAGGAGCUCAUAAAGUGUGCUUUCUCUCACCCCCAGACUGAAGGAGCCACAGAGAGCCCGGGGAUCAACGAUAAGGCGGAGACGAAUGCAAACAAUUCCUUGAAGUACGUCCCUGGAAAGGCACGAUCCCACCACUUGGAAAUGAUGAUGUCCGAAGAGGAACUGGAGGAGGAGCAGAGGGUGCAGCGGGAACAGCUUGCCGCCAUCUUCCAGCUGCUGAAGGACAACAAGGAGACUUUUGGGGAGGUGUCGGAGGGAGACAUGGAGGAGCAGCUCAAACUCUAUUCCAUCUGAGUCCAUCCCUGUCUCAGCUCACUCUUGACUGCAAUCUUUUACCUAUGCGCGCUACUUUUAAGGACCUCUUCAGUACAAUCAACAGCCACUCUCACUUGUGUUUUAAUGGCAUCCUUUUUUUUGGUUUCUGGUGGGCAGUUUUUUGUUUUCUUUUCUUUUCUUUUCUUUUUUCAUUUUUGUUUUGUUUUGUUC